CACCAACAAAGCUGGCGGCAACAUCACCACACACUCUUGACGUAAGCUGAACACUACACAAUUACUCUGUAACAUUGUUUAUUUUCUGUGGACAUUAGCUGUGCCUGCCUCUGCUCGUCGUCACCUGCAUUGUUGUUCUAGUCGAAGCUGCGACGAUCAGAGUCGCCGACGCUCCUUCCCCGCUGCCAUUGCCUGUUUGCUGUUGACGUGCAAACAUGGCUUCGAACACCAACGGACAGAACUCUCAGCUUCCUACACAACCUCCCCCACUUCACACUCGCACCAGCGAGAUGGACCAGCCCGGCACACCCACGCAGGAGGGCUUCCUCAGCCCGCGCCAGACGCCUCAGGGCAGUCCAAGCAAGAGCCACGCGCCGCCCGGUGCAUUUGACCUGCCCAGUGUAUUCGACAAUGCGAUGAAGCUGUUCCCUACCAUGGGCUCACCCACCAAGCAGAAGCCAGACACACCAGGUUCGCCCAGCAGGCUGAAGAUUGGCACCAAUGCCGACCAGGGGGCGGGAGACGUCACAACGCUCACACCAGGCAGCCCUACGCGCAAAUCGAACCAGGAGAAUACGCCGCCAGGAAUUCGUCAAGACACACACAAGGACCCCAGCUUCCUCACACAUGCUGCGCAAUCGCGUCAGGAGCCAUAUCGCACAAGAGGGGCGGAGGGUUCGCAGCGAUUCUACCCUGCGCCUCCACGCCUGUCCGCUGAAGAGCUUGAGAAGGCCAGGAAGCCGGCCGUGAAGCGACUGGCAAAUGUGACCCAGCUAUACUUCCUCGACUAUUACUUCGACCUCCUCACUUAUGUCCACACCCGUCAGAACCGCCUCAACCAGUUCAAGACACAGAACCCAGCACCCCCAGACACACCCGAAGCCGAGUAUAGCGAAGCCCUUACACAAUACCUGGGUCGCGAGCGCGCCAACCUCCGCAAGCGUCGCACUCGAUUGAGGCAGGGUGACUUCCAGAUCCUCACACAAGUCGGCCAGGGAGGCUAUGGACAGGUGUUCUUGGCCCAGAAGAAGGACACCAAGGAGGUGUGUGCUCUCAAGGUCAUGAGCAAGACACUGCUCUUCAAGCUAGACGAGGUCCGCCACGUUCUCACUGAGCGUGACAUUCUGACCUCGGCGAAGAGCGAGUGGCUUGUCAGGUUGCUAUAUGCCUUCCAAGAUGACAAGAGCAUCUACCUCGCCAUGGAAUACGUACCCGGAGGUGAUUUCCGUACACUAUUGAAUAACACUGGUGUACUGCACAACCGCCACGCACGAUUCUACAUCGCAGAGAUGUUCUCCUGUGUGGACUCGCUCCACCAGCUUGGAUACAUUCACCGCGAUUUGAAACCAGAGAACUUCCUCAUCGAUAGCACUGGUCACGUCAAGCUGACUGACUUCGGCCUGGCAGCUGGUAUGCUCGCUCCCAUCAAAAUCGAGUCGAUGCGCAUCAAGCUACAGUCGGUGAGUGACGUGGUCUCGCCCUUCGGUCGCCCGGUGGAGGAGCGAAGCGCGGCUCAGCGCCGAGACAACUACCGAUCUCUACGUGAGCGAGACGUCAACUACGCGAAGAGCAUUGUCGGCAGCCCGGACUAUAUGGCGCCCGAGGUGCUCAAGGGAGAGGAGUAUGACUUUACAGUCGAUUACUGGAGCUUGGGCUGCAUGCUCUUCGAAGCUCUGGCUGGAUACCCACCGUUCGCUGGAGCUACGGUCGAUGAGACAUGGCAGAACUUGAAGCAGUGGAAGAAGGUACUGCGCAAGCCGGUCUACGAAGACCCGUCUUAUUUCCUGUCAAAACGUACCUGGGACCUCAUCAUCCGCCUUGUUGCCUCGAAGUCAACCCGUUUCCGCGGUAUUUCUGAGAUCCACGCACACCAAUACUUCACAGAAGUCGACUGGACGAAGCUGAGAGAUAAUAAGGCGCCGUUCGUCCCAGAGCUGGACAGUGACACCGACGCCGGGUACUUCGACGACUUUGGCAGCGAGGCUGAUAUGGCGAAGUACAAGGAGGUGCACGACAAGCAGGCAGCACUAGAGGCCAUGGCCGAGCGCGAUGAGAAGAUGAACAAGGGCCUGUUCGUUGGAUUCACCUUUCGUCACAAGAAGACAGCAGACGAGAGCGGCAACCCUACCAGCCCGAGGAAGCCUCUCAGUGCGGUCGAAGAGAACUUCGGCACUAUCUUCUAGUGUUGACCACGGCUGCAUAUCUUUGCACUGGCUGUGUCGGUUCCGUUUACCUUUCUGGGCCUGGCUAGGCAACAUUUGAAGCAUACAAAAUUUGACAUUAGAACGCAUGAUGAACCAGGUGGUUGAGAAGUCGGUUCAGUAUCAUGUCGCUGCGCACGGGUUUGGCGUUUCUGCAUGUAAUGAGUUGGGCGUGGGCUGUCAUGAUUCAUCUGGUGUGCGGUUUCUCUUCAAAGAGCGCUGCCAUGUAUUAGUAGAUAGUCUGGUUACUUACGAAAUGAUACCCGUA